CAGAGCUGACGAAAGCUUGCAAGGCUGACACUGCGUAUAACCUUUCCAGUCAACACAGGCGCGGGGCUUCAUGGGACCCGUCACGGAUAAGCACAAUAUAGGUACCUUUAGGUAGGUAGCAAGAUAGGGACAGGACCAGUCUGUAUUGCUACCCCGUGCCACAGUGCCACUUAUGUGGCAGUUGGAACUUUGGAGCCAACGACCGGAUAUAAGUGGCCUGUCACAUACAGGAGGUCGCACAGCCAAUGGAACGGUCACGAAGCCUUACGCGCUGGGCAUCACGGGCCGUUGGGGGCCGUUUGGAUGACGAUAACAUGCACUGGCUGGGAGGCGAACAUCAUUAAGGUACCUGCCUUAUUUGUGCAACGAACUCUCCCGUGGAUUCGGCCUUGUUAUGUACUUGUACUAGUAUAUGUCAACAUCACUUAUAACGUCGAAUACGCCGGCAAAUACCUAAGUACCUAAGGUAGACGGCGAUCCGAUUCGCGCCGUCCUCAUGGCUUUCGAUGCCACAAAGAACGCUCUUCCCCUCCGUCAAACCUGCAACCGAUGCCGUGACCUAAAGGUUCGUUGUCAAGGCCGGCGCAGUUCCCGCGUAGGGGGCGAACUUGGUCUCGACAAUGAUGCUGCCACAGUUACCAUCUCACCCUGCUUGAGAUGCGCACGAGCUGGAGCUGUUUGUGAGUAUGCUUCAAGACAGCCCAGCGGCCGGCCACGCACUAGUAACAAGGUACGACGGAACACAAGUUCGUCAUCUUCACCAGAAGUACCAAUGCGAGAUUGUUCUGUUUCGGACCAAACUCAGCCCAUUGGACCCCUUGCCUGGGUUUUCUCGCCUCAGGGGCAAUGGUCUGAGGCGCUCUCCGACCAGGGUCUGGACGGAUUUUCAGCCCUACUGGAAGAGCACCGUGUAUCAAUUCCGGAAUUCAUGCUCGGCCAUGACGAUUCGGAGCAAUCUCCAGAUGACAUACCGACUCCUCCUCCACCAAACCCAACGUCUCUGGUUUUGCCGGUUUCUGAAGCAUCCGUGAUCCUGGAGGAACCUCUACGGCAACAUGAAGAGUGGCUCCAUUCAGAGCCCGACAUGGCGGUCUUUGAAGAAAUGAAGCAGCUUAUGGAGCUCAAUCGGCGCAUAUACGAGGUUAAGGCACGGGCGGGCACGGCACCACCAACGCCAGGUCUUUGCGACGACAUAACCAGCAUCACACGUUCUUUGCUAAGGAAAAUGGAACAGGCUGGGCAGGGGUCUAGGGGACAUCGCUGCGACAAGCAUCCCUUAUUCCCACAAUUCUCCCCCGGGGGGCUUGCAGGCCUUCAGACCAAGCGGCUGGACGCUCAAAUUCGCCGCCAGGCCAUCGACCUCUCCAUGUAUCCGGAGGACAACUAUGAUGUAGGAUGCGGCGGCGUCGACGCCAGCAUCUUCCUCUACAUAUAUGCCUGCUAUCAGCGCAUCUUUGACCUGUUCAAGCACGUGUGCCUCUCGAUUCAUACGCAUAUUGAGGAAGCCACGGUGGCGCAAUCCUCAUCCACUGCGCAGAUCGUCAUGGGCACCGAACUGAUCAGUCAUUUGAGCGGGCGGCUUACACGCGGGUUACACCAACUGACAUCGAAAUUGACUUCUGGUGCCUCUUCAUCUUCUCCAUCGGGCUCUUCUACGAGGACGACGCAGUCUCCGGUAUUCAACAACACUACAGUCACGGGCUCCAGCAUAUGGCCGGCUGCACAGGGCGGCAACAGCUCGGUUACUUGUCAGGACAGACCAUUGGGCGGCCAUAGAAAUCGAGCUGGACACAGGAGUUCGUGUCAUCAGGAAGUCGUAGCCAUUGUAGAUGUUAUGGCUCAACGACAGGCAGCAUUACAGGAGCAUAUUAUGGCCAUAAAACAAUCCAUUCAAGAAUCUGAUAGCAUCUGAUCUGACGUCAGGGGCGUUGAUUAUCGGUGUACCUAGGAUCUAUUUGUACAUACUACAUGAUGAGCCUCUGCAUAGGUACCUUAGCUUACACAACGCAGCUGGUACACUGAAUAUCGCUAGCCACUACGAACCUAGGCGGGUUAUUAUCACUCAGCUUGUAACUCGAAGUCAAUACUGUCACUAUACACACCUACUUGUUUGC